GGAGACCGGGGCGGGGAGCGGGGCGGGCGGGCGGCGGGUCCCCGCGGAUUCCGGCGCCGCCCGGGCCCCUGUGAGGUCCACGCUGCCGCUUCGGCGCCGGUUUUGAGAGGUUUCCCCCGUUGUGGGGUCCGAAGCCUCCCCUCCUCUCUUUAAAGUGACGUGAUUCGGAGAAAAGCGAACGGACCGUGAAGAGGCCCGCAGGCUUGCGUGGGGUGCGGGCCCCGGGGGGACCGUGCUGGGCUCCCGGGUCGCCGCCACCCCGCGACGCGCGGCGGCCCUCGAGCAGCGGCCGCCUCCCGGAAGAGGCCGUGAGGUCCAGGCGCGGGGCUGCCGCGCGGUGCGCAUCCGGCGAGCGGGUGCGUUCCCGCGUCGAUCCUCGUCGCGACGAGGUUGCUCGGAGAUGGCGAGCGACAGUGCGCCUCGCUGCAUGAGGUUCCCGUGAACGGUGCUUCCGAGAAAACGUGUUGCUGGGCGAUGGGAACUCGAGAUUCUUAAUUUAGCAGGUUUUCCCUCGCGCUUCGCUGGGCCUUCGCCGGACGCUGCCGGUCACUGGGCCAAGCGGACACGCAGAAGCUCCCUGGCCCCGAGGAGCUAGCGCCGCAGUUCGGACGGCCCGGAGCCGCCGCCGAGGCGGGAAGCUGCGCCCUGGAAGGAGCCGCCUGCCGCCCGCGUCGCGCCACGGCUGCUCCGCGGGCUUCCGGGCGCGCUCAGCUGCGGGCGUCCGUGACAUGAUCUUCCCGCCGUGCCCCUUUGCGUUUCCAGGAGUCGACUUUUUUUUUCUCAUGUAAAAGUCAAACGUCUGCUGAAAACGAUAGCUUUUGAAGCAAGCGGCGUCCCCGCGGCCCUGCCACGCAGCUCUUCCGCUUCGCCUCGCUGUGCUUAGUCGUUUCUCCGUCUCCCGUUCCUGUGUCUCCAGGUGACUCCAGACCGCGGAGGAUGAGCUGCUGUCCCUGGAGGAGAACGGAUGGAGGGAAGCGGCUCCUGCGGGGCUCCCUCUGCGGCCGCUGCUGAUCUGGGGGAGGAUGCGGGUCCAACGAGGGGCCUGCCUGCCGCCCCCUCCAAAGAUGUUCGCAAGGGUGCUGGAGGGAUCGUCUUUUCCUCCUCACCGAUUCUAGACUUGAGUCAGAGUGGUCUGUGCCAUUUGGAAGAUGUCUUUAGAAUCCCCAGCCUUCAACAAUUGCACCUGGAAAGGAAUGCCCUCUGUGUGAUUCCUCAAGAUUUCUUUCAGUUACUGCCGAACCUGACUUGGCUGGAUCUCCGGUACAACAGGAUCCAGGCACUUCCUUCUGGGAUUGGAUCUCACAAGCAUUUGAAAACUUUGCUUUUAGAAAGAAAUCCUAUCAAAAUGUUACCUGUGGAGCUGGGGAGUGUGGCUACACUGAAAGCCCUGAACUUGAGGCACUGCCCUCUGGAAUUCCCUCCCCAGCUCAUUGUGCAGAAGGGAUUGGUGGCUAUCCAGCACUUCCUGCGGAUGUGGGCAGUGGAACACUCUCUCCCCAGAAAUCCAGCUUCUCAAGGGGCUGCGCCGGCUAAAGAGAUGACCCUCCACACCCUCCCGAGCCUGGGACUGGAGUUGUCUGCAGACAACGCGUCCGAUGAAGGAGCUGCGAGUGCUGGGGACCCGGAGCGGGCUGUGAUGAAAGAGAAGGCUGGCUUUCUCCCGCCCGUGGAAAAGCCUGACCUGAGUGAUCUCAGGAAGUCCGCCGACUCCUCAGAGCACUGGCCCAGCGAGGAGGAGAUCAGGCGCUUUUGGAAGCUGAGGCAGGAGAUUGUUGAGCACGUGAAGACAGAUGGUCCUGGAAAUCAGCUCUUACUGAGGGAAUUACCUCCCAAUCUCAAGGCGGCCUUGAACAGUAAUAAAGAACCGCCGAAGCCAAGGCACAUUUUCAGAAGGAAGACGGCCUCCUGCAGGAACAUCUUACCCGACCUCUCGUCACCAUCCCAAAUGGCGAUCCGAGCAAGAAGACUGGAGGACAGCCGAGCGGCCGCGCUCCUAGAGCUCCGGGAGAAGGAGGCUCUGAUGGAGCAGCAGAGACGAGAGAGAAGGGCACUGCAGGAGUGGAGAGAGCGAGCCCAGAGGACGAGGAGGAGAAAGGAGGGGCUCAGCAGACUCCUGCCUCCUCGGAGGAGCACGGUGGCAUCAAGGAUUCCCUUUGCCGCAGAUCUGAUAGAUAAUGGGAAAACACCACUGAAUCCACCUGGAAAAAUGAAACCACGCAGAGAGAAAUCAUCACAAGCAAUUAAAGAAAUGAGUGCCUUCCAAGAGGGGAACUUGGAAGAGAGGAUCAAACAGCACAUCCGCCAAAUGCGCGAGCAAAGAGUCCGUGGCCAGGCCCCGCUGGAGAUGAGGAAGGCCGCCGAGGAUCUGGAAAUCGCCAGAGAGCUACAGGAUGAAGUAUUGAAGCUAAAACUGGGAUUAGCCGUGGACAAAGACCAGCGAUGGACUGCCCUCACUGGAGGCCUUGCGCUUCGCCCGCCAGCAUCACGGCCUCAAAAUACAUUUUUUAACACAAAAUAUUAAGAAUCGGGAAAUGUUCGCAGAUGCCAUGACACCAGGUGGCUGGACUGAUGGAAACGUCUUCAGACAGGAGAUGCUCAGUCUUCUUUCCCGGGCGUGGCCUCCUGCGUGGUGGCCGGGAGAGCACCAGGUUCAGCAUUCCUCUUAUGGCUGUUUCAUGGCAGCCUGUUGGUUUUCUUAGAUGGUCCAUGUUUCUCCUGAGGCCGUGGAAGAUUUCAGCCGAAUUAAACGAAAGGACACGGCGCGCACGUGGCCUGUUUUCACUCCUUUCCGCAGGUUCCUGUCAAUCCACGUGGCAGAAAGGUCAGGCACCAGCCUCUCUCCCGCCCUGGAGCCCUUGUUACGAAAGUCCUCAUAGCUUUCAUUCACUUCGUAACUUUAGUGUGGGAGAAGAGACCAGGUCAUCUGAUUCCUGCGAGGCCAGAGGCAGGGCCCCCCUUUCCUGCUCCCUGCCCGGUGACAGGGCCCCCCUUUCCUGCUCCCUGCCCGGUGUCAGGGCCCCCCUUUCCUGCUCCCUGCCCGGUGACAGGGCCCCCCUUUCCUGCUCCCUGCCCGGUGACAGGGCCCCCCUUUCCUGCUCCCUGCCCGGUGACAGGGCCCUCUUCGGCCUUGACCCCUUCCUGAUUGCUGCCACUCGGCCUGCACGUGGGACAGUGGCCUCCAUCCCGGGGCCACGGCAGGGCCCGCAGACCUUGCGUCAUGGAUCAGCCUUAUUUCACACUCUGCCUGCCCAGGCUGUGUAGAUUCCGUGUGACUUAGUGUCUUGUGCUGAGUGUUUGA